AUGUGGUACCGUUCGGUUUUGUGUAUUGCUAGUAUUGUUGUGCUGGCCUCCUGUACUAUAGAUGUGAGGCUGUUUAGGCGAUACAGUCCUGCACCCAAGAUUGACUGUUUCGAUUACCCUCAGGUUAAACCAAGUGCUCACUUGAAACCAUUUUAUGCGGGUUGGCGUACAAAGAAACCAAGAUUAUAUUCAACCACCCCCAAGUACCGGCUGACGACAAAUAAGAUACGACGUCGCGUUGACAUUCUGCUGUCCAACCAUGAAGACAUAGUCAAGGAGCACGCGAAGCUUGUGCAAGACAUAAACAGCUUACGACAAAUAGUAUACGUCGCGCCUCCAGACGAUCAUAAAGACUAUGACGAUUCAAUAUUCCUUGAGGCUCUCGAGACUUCUACGACAGUACGGCCAACUCAUAAACCACGGCAGAAGCCAGGUAUUCCUAUUGUUGUGUUAGGUGGCCAAAAACAAGAAAAAAAUCAGGCUAAGCCAAGUAAACCCGGCCUCAGUUUAGUUGGAACGUCAGUGUCGCCCGUAAAACAUCCGUAUCCGUUCGUCGUGCAGACUACGCGGCCUACAAUCAGGAUAUGUAUGGCAACACCGAGCUAUCCACCAAAAAGGCCAAGCUUGCUACAACGACUAUUGAACACCAUUAUUCCGAGGUAG